AUGGCGACCGGUGGAGUGGGACCAGAGGACUUACCGAGGGUGGAGAGUGCACCGGAGGAGGGGGGGUCCACAGCGGAGCGGAGGCAACCAGAGGCGAGUGACGGAGGACAUGGUGGUGAGGACGAUGGAGUGGCACCUGGGGAGGGGUGCUCCAUGGCGACAGAGAGGCCACCAGAGGCAGGGCAGUGGGAAGGUGGGAGUGGGGGAUAUGAUGCCUACUACAACAACGCCAUCUUGCCCACCAUAUUCGGCAUCAUCUGUUUCCUGGGCAUUAUGGGUAACUGCAUGGUCAUCUACACCAUCCUGAAGAAGACCAAGUGCCGCGCCAAGCAGACCGUCCCUGACAUCUUCAUCUUCAAUCUGUCCAUCGUCGACCUCCUCUUCCUCGUCGGUAUGCCCUUCCUCAUACACCAGUUGAUGGGCAACGGCUCGUGGUGCUUCGGCGCCACUAUGUGCACAGUCAUCACCGCGCUGGACUCCAACAGCCAGAUCGUGAGCACCUGCAUCCUCACGGUCAUGACUCUGGACCGCUACCUGGCCACGGUCCACCCCAUCCGCUUCAACUACGUUCGGACGCCGUGCGUGGCAACCGCGGUUAUCGUUCUAGUAUGGAUGCUGUCGUUGCUGACCAUCAUCCCGGUGUGGAUGUACGCAGGCCUCAUGCCUCUGCCUGGCGACCUGAUGGGCUGUGCCCUGCUACUUCCCGAUCCGUCUGCCGACAUCUACUGGUUCACUCUCUACCAGUUUGUCUUGGCUUUCGCUCUGCCGCUUCUCAUCAUCUGCUUGGUCUUUUUCAAGAUCCUCAAGCACAUGGCCACCAGCGUGGCCCCCUUGCCCCCCAGGAGCCUGAGGGUGCGCACCAAGAAAGUAACCUGUAUGGCGGUGGCCAUCUGCCUGGCUUUCUUCACCUGCUGGGCCCCUUACUACAUCCUCCAGCUGGUUCACGUGGGAGUCCAGAACCCCAGCCCAGCCUUCUCCUAUGCCUACAACAUAGCCAUUAGCAUGGGCUACGUUAACAGCUGCAUCAACCCGUUCUUCUACAUUGUGUUGAGUGAGACCUUCAAGAGGCAGCUCAUCGUGGCCAUGCGGCCGGUCCACAGGAAGUUCCGGGUCAACCCCACCAGCACCACGGAGGGUAGUGUUAGUCUGAGAUUGACCACUGACAGACCCCAGCAGGAUCGGAUCUCCAGGGAGCUGCUGCCUGCCAAUAUGGCCGACCACUGAGGCCGGUUGCAUGACCAUUUCUGUUUUGUUGAGCCUUUAUUGAACAAGACCUCUUUACCCAGGGAGACCUGGUGUGGCCAGUGGAAGAGGGUAUGAGAUCAGUGUACAAGAACGGUGCAUGAGGACAAUCUAUGGACCAAUGUAUAGGAAGAACUGUGUAUUUCAUCACUGAAUUUGAACAGUGUACAGGCAGGAACAGUGUAUUGAAUCAAUGUAUGGACCCCUGUACAGGGUAGGGUUGCAAACAUCCGGUAACUUUCCAAAAAUCCCCUGGUUUUACAGAAAGUCCGGUUGAAAGAUUCCCUGAAUCAGGAAGUAAUAAGCAAGAAAUCCAAAAUCGUCCAACCAGGAUUUCUAUAAAACCUUGACAUUUUGGGAAAGUUUCCAGAUUUCUGCAUCCCUAGUUUUUGCAACCCUAGUACACAGUCUGUGACAUUGUAUUGGAUCACUGUAUGGGAUCAAUGACGUAUGUCUACAUGGGGACAGUUAAUGGAUCGAUCAGAGUAGAAGAAUACUAUCAUUCAAUAGGUGAGUAGGAUCAGGCUGAGCCUGAGAGGAGAUGUUUAACAUAGUCAGGAUGAGAUUAUUGAGUACCGGCCAACACAUGGUUCUCAGUACAGUAAACAUAGGUACUGAAACAUAAGGAUAUUCAAACAGUUAUUUGCUAAUGAUAUUCAGUGGAUAAUGUAAAAGUGUGAGAGUCAAGAUGGUUCAUAGCUAAAUGUACGAAUCAAUGAAUAAAUACAUACACAGUCAUAAAUUACCAGCAUGAUUAUGAAUAGUUUGAUAUUGUAUCAGGCAUUGUAUUCCAAUUCUUCAGGGAAGGCAGGUUUUACCACAAUCCUUUAUUGUAGUUUUGGUUUGUCAAUCUAGCUAAUGUAUGUUAAAUUUCAUUUCAAUGUACAAUGUUCACAUACCACUUAUAUUGUACAGUAUGUUCAGUACCUAGUACCUACACUGCAAUUGCAUCAUAAAUGCAUGUUUCACCUUUUUUUUAUCCAUGCUGUACAUUUGUACAUUGUCUAAGAAGUCAUCAUGUAUGACCGUUUGGUGCGGAUGUUUGGAAAUAUAUAUAUACUGUAUGUUUUGGUGUAUUUGUACAGAAACAUUGUUUUUUCAUGUCUUUCAGAGUUUUUAAUUUAUUCGCAUUUUAAUGUAAAUACCAUUUACAGAUUGUUCAUAAUUAAAAUAAAGAUGGUUCAAACUCACACUUCUCAUCACAGUAUAGAGACAGGCAAUACCAACUAUAAUUUGAUGCAUAACCAGUGCAAUCCUCAUACUAAUCAUACAUUUGCUUAAUUAAUUAUGCAAUGCCAAUGAAAUUAGGCAUCGCGGAUUCUCCCAUCUGAAUUUAUUUGAUAAACUGUUAGGCUUUGUUUAGCUUCGACACUUCAAAUCUCACUUUGAAUCUUAAUCUGAUUCCUCUCCCUUUUUACAGAUUUGUCUUUUUUGAAGCUACAGUUGGAGAUAUACACUGAGUAUACCAAACAUUAGGAACACCUUUCUAAUAUUGAGCCUCAAUUCAUCAGGGCAUGGACUCUACAAGGUGUUGAAAGUGUUCCACAGGGAUGCUGGCCCAUGUUGACUCCAGUGCUUCCCACAGUUGUGUCAAGUUGUCUGGAUGUCCUUUGGGUGGUGGACCAUUCUUGACACACACAGGAAACAACCCAGCAGCGUUGAGGUUCUUGAUUCAAACCGGUGCACCCGCCACCUACUACCAUACCCGGUUCAAAGGCACUUAAAUCUUUUGUCUUGCCCAUUCACCAUCUAAAUGGCACACAUUCACAAUCCAUGUCUCAAUUGCCUCACGGCUUAGAAAUCCUUCUUUAACCUGUCUCCUCCCCUUCAUGUGAAGUGGAUU